UCAAACACUUGGCUGACAUGUUGUGAACUGAAAGGAAAAGAAGAGGAAGAAAGAAGAUAAGAAAAACUCCUCUGUUCCAGAAACAGAGAUAGGAGAGAAAUGGGUAUUCUGUCAUUAAGUUCAUCAUCUUUGUACCGCCCACAACAACCAGUUUCUCAGCUUCAAAGAAAUCAACAACUCACAGUUGAAACUUCUCUACAGAAUACAAGUAAAGGAGGAGGAAUUAGAGGAGGUGGAUUGAAACCCAUUGUUGUUACUGGAAAUCCACCUACUUUUGUAUCAGCUCCUGGCCGUAGAAUCAUUGCUGUUGGAGACUUGCAUGGUGAUAUGUCACAAACUAGAAGUGCACUUGAGAUGGCUGGUGUUUUGAGCUCAGAUGGUCGGAAUACAUGGAUUGGUGGAGAGACGGUAUUGGUUCAACUAGGAGAUAUACUUGAUAGAGGAGAAGAUGAAAUUGCUAUUCUAUCGUUGUUGCGUUCACUUCAUAUUCAAGCAAAAGCUAAUGGUGGAGCUGUCUUUCAGGUGAACGGAAAUCACGAGACCAUGAAUGUAGAAGGCGAUUUCAGAUAUGUUGAUCAAGGAGGUUUUGAAGAAUGUGUUGAUUUCUUACACCACUUGGAGAAUUACGGGGAUAAUUGGGAUGAGGCUUUUGUAGAUUGGGUUAGUGUCUCUGAACAAUGGAAACAAGAUUGUAAGAUGAAUGAGAGUUAUUGGGGACCAUGGAAUAUAUUGCAGAAGCAAAAGGGGGUCAUUGCAAGAUCUAUGCUUCUAAGACCAGGAGGUUUAUUAUCGCGUGAGUUGUCACGUCAUCCUGUUGCCCUUAAAGUCGACGAUUGGGUGUUUUGUCAUGGUGGGCUUCUUCCUCACCACGUUGCAUAUGGCGUGGAGAAGAUGAAUGAUAAGGUAUCUCGCUGGAUGCGAGGUCCCGACGAGAAUGGUGAUAAUGAUCCUGAACUCCCUUUCAUAGCCACACGAGGCUACGAUAGUGUUGUUUGGAACCGGUUGUACUCCGGACAGACCGGUGACAUGGAGGAUUAUCAAGCGCGCCAGAUAUACUCGAUUCUGCAAGAGACAUUGAGAGCAUUAGGUGGUAAAGCAAUGGUUGUGGGACAUACUCCUCAAACUGAAGGCAUAAAUUGUAAAUAUGGUUGUAGUAUAUGGCGUGUGGAUGUUGGAAUGUCCAGCGGAGUCCUUAAUUCAAGACCAGAGGUUCUAGAAAUAAUAGACAAUGAAGCAAGGGUAAUAAGGAGCAGAACGGAUAUGUUUAGCGAAUUUCAGGUUGUUGACUACACAUGAAGAUUGCGAAUGAGUUACAAGGAACCGUGGUUUCGGCUCGAGUAUUUAUUUUCCUAGAGGAUACAAAGUGGUUUACACUCAACUGCUGGACGCCUGGACCCCUUUUCCGCAUGUUAGAUUAGCCAGUGCUUAAGUAUCAACCAGAUUUCUAAUGAGGCAAUCAGUUAUAUAUUGGGAUAUUCAUCUCUUCAAGAAGAAAAAGAUGUAGUAGAAGAAGAGCAUUAUAAGUAUGGUUUGCACUCAUAUUCUGGAGACACCAUCAGCAUGCAACACUCUGGUAAUCAGUAGCGAAUUUGCAGUGUAGUCCGUUGAAGUGCAUAAUUACAUAUGUUCUACUGCUGUCCAAUAAUUGUAUACAUGCAACUACUCUUUAUACAGGUCACUCAUUUAACUAAAAACAGAAGUGUCGUAAAUGAUACUGUAUAUCAAAAUUCAUAAUAUAACCACAAACAAAUCGUUUUCUUGUUAC